CUCCAUGUUUGUGUAUUAUUCUUUUCACACACUUCAGUUAUGACAAAUAGCAAGUUCCACUCCUUCUUCCUCUUUUCUACACUACACUAAAAUAUCCUUUUACUUUCUUUUUUCUUUCCCGUCUUCAAAUGCUCAGAAUAUAAUAAAUCUACUCCCAGGUCCUCUGUUUUCCAUUUUUUACUUUCUUGAUACACUCUGAAAACAUGAAAACUCUUCUUCCCUAGCAGAAUGUUAGCACUGCAUCAGCCCCUUCCAACUGAUCAGAUAAAUUUGCCAUUGUGGCUUCUCUGGACUCCUGUGUUUGUACUUCAAAGUUCCCACUCAACUCUGGUCUUUUCAUCGGAAUUGCUCUAUUCCAUUAAAAGAUCCAUUUUUCCUCUCUAGGAUUAUUCUCAGCUUUGCAAGGUGAAGAGACUUGUGCUCUCUGGAAGCUUCCAUUGAGGCAAACAAUUACAGAAGGGCACCCCAAAAGUGUAAAAGGAUGAACAUCGAUUAAUUUCUGCAAUAGAAGUGUGAUAAGAGGAGCAAAGGACAUUUCUGGGACAGAAAUGCUUAUAAUCAGUGGCAACAAUCCUUACUCCUCUUUUGGAGCAACUCUAGUGAGGGAUGAUGAGAAGAAUUUAUGGAGCAUACCUCAUGAUGUCUCCCAUACAGAAGCGGAUGAUGAUAGAAUAUUAUAUAAUUUGAUUGUCAUUCGUAAUCAGCAGCCCAAAGAUUCAGAGGAGUGGCAAAAGCUCAACUACGACAUCUACACCUUACGGAGAACUCGAAGGGAAGUGAGAAACAGAUGGAAACGCAUUUUGGAAGAUUUAGGCUUUCAGAAGGAAGCAGACUCCCUGUUAUCAGUGACUAAACUCAGCACCAUCAGUGACUCUCAGAACACGAGGAAAGCACGGGAGAUAUUGUUAAAACUUGCUGAAGAGACAAAUAUUUUCCCAACAAAUUGGGAGCUCUCAGAGAGGUACCUCUUUGUGGUGGAUCGUCUCAUUACUCUUGAUGCCGCAGAAGAGUUUUUUAAAAUGGCCAGCCUCACUUAUCCCAAAAAGCCGGGAUUGACCUACUUGGCCGAUGGCCAUAAGGAACUGUCCCACCUUCCAUUUCCAAGCCCCUAAAGAGAUGGACCUGGAACAGAACUUGAAUUUUCCCUUGGGAACUCAGGGCAACCAGCCAAAGUACCAUGGAUUUUCUUUGCAGAAUUAUAAGUAGGAGAGAGACAAGGGGAGAGAAUAAGAAAAAUGUCUGUGUUGUGAUUAGGAAACACAUGUCCAUGUGCAGAAGGAUCCAGAACCCUGCCCAGCUCCAAGGAAGGACUAAACUAGCCCUACCAUUGGCCUUGUUCUAAGAGAUGAUUACAGUUAAGAUUAUAGUCCUUAGUUAGGAGGACUCAUCAUGUGUAUUUAAACCAUCAGGGAAACCUCAUGGUCUCAGCUCUUCCUUUGGAGAACUUUAAACUCGAAUUCUCACAAAAGGAAAGUUCAAUAAUUCCACGCACUCAAAACAAACUUAUUGAGUGCCUCCUAUGUGCAAAGCACAGUCUUAGGUGCCGGUGGAUACAGAGAUGAAUAAGACAUGCUUCCUGCCAUCAGGUAGCUUACAGUCUAGUGGGGGGAUGGGGCAGUAGAGGGGGUGGCAGGGCAGAGAAGGCUAAGACCAGGUAAAUGGAUCUUAGUUGAUAGGAAGCUGUUGGUUAUCCCAUGUCAGGAUGAACUACUUUCAAAUAGUGUACAAUAAAAUCUGCUGAACCCAACACUAAAUCUAAACUGAAUGUGGUGUAAUCUUUCUGUGGUCAUUCAGAAAACACAUCACUUCCUCAUGGUGCCUCAGGAGCAUCACUAGCAAACAUUACUUUUUAUGCAAAAAAAAAAUGUUGGGCCAGUUACUAGAGAUGUGUAGAAAUCCUGUUUAGAAGCUGGUGGGAGCAGUCCAAAAGUGGUGCAGGUUGCUUUGAUGAGUAGUGAGUUACCCAUCACUAGAGGUAUUCAAGUAGAGGCUGAUGAGCUACACAUUAAGGAGGAUGUAAAGGGGAUUACUUUUUGAACAGGAGCUACAAUAUAUGACCUCUGAGGUUCCUUCCAACUCUGAUCUUCUAUCCUUUCAAUUACUAGAUUGCUAGAAAGCUUGGGUUUAUUGUUGUUAGUGAGAUGGAAAAUCUGGACUUUACCCACAUGUGAGUGUAGAGAUAGCAAUUUCUCAGAUCUAAUGAUAGCAGGUUACCUCAUUCUUCCUAUUAUGUAUAAGAGUCAGAAAAAUAUCUAAUAAAAAGCUGUUUUUUUUAAACCAGA